AUGUAUGAAGAAGAGGUGUUUGACCUUCCACAGGACAUUUUGGACGGUUUGGUCAGCAAUGUUGUGGAGGCCAAUGAGGAGACCAAGUCUGAGUCACCAAAGGAACAGCAGGAGGAAUUUGAACUAGAGAUAACGGACGAUAUCCUGAACCGUUUAGUAAACGAUACUGUAGGCUUAUUGGAACAACAAGGGCAAAAAGCUGAGAACAAACCAUCUCCGGAAGAUGCUCAGGGAGAAGAAACGAUAUCGAACGAUCAGAGUGAUAAAGACCAAACACAGAAACAAACAGAGGAAACUAAUCACGCCGAUAAGGAAAAACCUCAGCUACCUUCAGAAGCAGUUACUGAAGAUCGGAAUAAUGACAGCAGUGAGUAUGGAAAACUUUUAGAGGAUACAGAAGCCAUUCUUCAACAAUAUGAAUCAUCCAAGAGUGGGCCGCAAGCGGACAGUCGUGUGUCUACUCGUCCAGCCCAAGAAACAUCAGAUAUUGCAUCACAACAGCAGGAUUCAACAGUCAAGACAAACAAUUCUCAGCAAACUGGGCAUGAAAUUGAAAGUGAGGUUAAUUUCAGAGACAUGUUAAGACUGGCGGAGCAGCAUGUACAAAUUGACCAGCUAUUGUCCGGCACGUCAGAAGAAAUUUCACACGAGAUAUUGGAACAACUAGCUUCAGCCACUGCUGAAAGUAUUCAAAAUCAACAAAAACAGCUGGCAAAAGAGUUUGGUGUUCCAAAACAGCAACAAUUACAGAGGGAGUUUUUGAAUAGACAGAAACAGCAACAAAAGAAGGUCGAAACUUCUCCUGAUGAAAAUCUCCAGGAAGCAUUAGCCAAUAUGGUUCAAUCAGUGGUUAAUAAUGUUGUAGAAAAUUCUAGAAACGAAAAAGCAGAUGUUUCCAAGUCUGAUCUGGAUACGGCUACGAGUAGUAGAACGAAGGCAUCUGAGUCCCAUGAUCUGGAUCAAACACAACUAAAUCAAAUUUUAGAGAACGCAGUUGCCAUGGCUAUAUCGAAUCCUAAUAACUUACCAGAUAAUGCUCCAACUAACCAAGAAACUAAGCAGAGUAAAAUUUCCAAUGAAACUGCUGCAAUCACGUCACAAGAGGCAUUGGAUGCUGCUAAGGCCAGAUUGUCCAAGCUUCCAAUCAAACCUAUGAAACGAGCUGAGGAAAAGAAUAAAUCAUCUGAUUCAAGUACAAAUUCGGGUGCUGGUGGGUUUAAUCAGUCACCUUUACAGUCCACCGGUAAUUCUUCCCUCCUGGAGGCGAUACGAAAUGCAUCUCAAAGUGCCAUGAAACAAAUUCAGGAAUACCGAAAGACUGGGUCGACAGUACCACCGUCUAAAGAGGUUCAGAUUGGUUCUGCUUCUUCCGAUAUGUUGCCCAAUAGUCAGGCAUCUGUUGUGAACGAUUCGGUUACUAAAAAGGCUGCUUCUAGUAAGGCACAGGAUGCUUCGAAGAAAAGAGGUCUCUCCAUCGCACAAACAUUAGCCAUCACCAGAGAUCAGAUGGUUAGAAAAGCUUCAACAGAACCUCAGAAUAUCUCCAACCUUUACUCUUCCUUAUCUCGUAACAGCUCAUUAUAUUUGCAAAGGCAACAAAUGCUGAACUCAAUGAAAACAAAACCCCAUGAGUCAAACAAAAGUGAGUCCAUGGACAGUUUAGCCUUUUUACCUGCCACGAUAAGUGAAGAAGUGUCUAGAAUCACCGGUUUGUCAUCUGAUGCUAUACGAAACAUUUUCAAUACCGUAAACAGUGCCGUUGAUUUGAUAGCGCCUUCUCUGAACAGAAAGUCUCUUGAAAAAGCAAACAUGGAUUUAAAAGAGAAGAUUCGUAUGGAUAAUAGGGAGAGGAAGAAGAGGUGGCGAGAAUUGAACGUGGAUAAAAAUAGAGAUAAUGACUUGAGAGCUAGAGUGCUAAAAAGAGCUAGUGUUCUGUUUCCUUCUGCAGAUGAGGAAGAAAAAAAGAAAAAAUGGGUUCAGGAAGAGUUUACUAAAAGGAAACAAAAGAGACUUGAAAGAGAAAGAGAGAAUAAACCAGUAUAUUCAGCUUUUGAAACCAAGAAGGAAGCCAAUAGCAAAGACAACCACAAGGCUAGUAGCGAGUUGACUACUACCACUGACACUGUUUUGAAGCAGUUCAGCGACUUAGGACUUCCAGAUGAUCCGAAAUUUGCUACCGAUUUCACCGAGUUGUAUAAAACAUUUCAGAAUUCGACGUCUUCUGUGUAUUCAUCAAAGAAUAGUCUCAUCAACACUGCGACUGCUGCUAUUGUUGCGUACGCUUCUCUCAAUCAAGAGCCAGCUCUGAAGCAAGAAAACCUUGAUGUUACAUCCAAGUUCGGCUCAAUGAUCAAUAAUAUAGUAUCAGCUUUGUUGAAUAGCACUCCCCAAGAAGCUGCUGUUAAAGAGAUUACAGGAUUACCUGCAGGGGCCAUGUCAUCAUUCAAGAUCAGAAAAGAUUCCCCAAAUCAGAAUUCAUCAACGGCAGACACGAUAAAGCUUCCUUCAAAGGUCCCCGAUGCAGAAUUGACACUCCUAAUAAAGAAUAAAAACUCGAGUGCUACAAACUCUAGCAAUAGUCAAAUGAUCGGAGCUUUGAGGAACUUGAAUCUCAACUUCACUACAGAGAAACGCAAAAUGGACGACGUACCUAUUGCGGUGGACGAUUCCACACCCGGAAAAAAACUGAGGACCGAAGACAGGAAAAAUUUUUCGGCCCCUUGGACUUUUAACACGUUAAAGCUACCCCAGUACAAGAAACCUGAAGUUGGUAAACCGGUCUACACUCCGGCCCCUCCACGUUUGGCACAACCGAAUACUAUACCAGACAGAGAAGCUUCUAAACCAUUAUCGUUUGGUGGGAUUAAUUUAAGAAAGCCUGGCGCUUUCCGUAAGCCUAAGACCACCACUCAAUGA